AUGACGAGAAGGAAGAAGCCUCGGAACCGCAACCGGGACGCCCUGCUGUACGACAAGGACGACGACAAGCCAAACGAAAUGCUUGAUCACAAGCUGGCCGAAGAGCGUGCCCGGAAGCAUCGUGAAAAGGACGCCAAGGAGGAACGCGAGCAACGUCAAACAUCCGACAUCAAGAAGCCAAAGUUGGACAAGGAUCAAGAUCAGGAAAAAGAUGAAGAGCGGAAGCGAAAGUCGGUGACGUACAAGUCAUGGCGCUGGCCAUGGGAGUUCGCCCUCUAUUCGGACGAUGCGGAGCGCUCGGACUCGGCGGAUGAAAUCGUGGACGAAGCGCGCCGGCCAAAACAGGAUCCGCUCAAACGGGGUUGUCCAGUGAAAGAUCCCUCUCCCCGUAAGGGAACGGUCGAGGAAGCAAUGGCGCAUUACGAUCUGGACGAUGUGGCGAUCGUGGAGGACGCGGAACAGCCACCGACGUACGAAUUGUCCGGUUCGGAAAAGGAGAAGGAAAUCGAGUGGGUCAAGCAGAAGCAGCGUGAGCAGACCAAGAGUAGGAGUGAGGUGUACGAUAAGAGUAUGGAAGAGGAAGAGGGAAGAAUAAAAAAGCUAGGAAUCUCCGAUCCACUGUUCCGGUUUAUGGCUGUCCAGGUCGAAACCCUUAAGCAGACAUUCCUGCUUGCUAUCCGGCCGCAUAACUGA